AUGCCGGGUCUGUUGCGGAAGCUUGUUGUCGUUGCCGCGGUUGACGGCUUGAUCCUACAUGGCCAUGGCGUCAGCGGUCCUCGGCCCAAUAAUGGAAGCAACAAUGAAGCCUCGUCGAUUCGAAUCGACUAUAAGACGAACAGAAUCACGGCCCUGCCAGUCUCAAGCCCGGAAACACUAGAGGGACGCGACACGCUAGAAGUAUACGGACUCGUCGGCCUGCUCUCCGUCGCAUCACACUCGUUCCUUGUCUCCAUCACUCAGCGCCAACAGGUUGCCCAGAUCCAGGGCCGUCCGAUCUACGCCGUCACCAAUGUUGCCGUCAUCCCUAUAUCCUCCCAGGUAGACGCUGCCCGCGCCAUUGCUCAAGCCCGGAAGGAAGUGACUCAGGAAGAGCCCGAUCUUGACUCGGGCUCUGACGAGGAUAUACCAGAUAAUGCGACCGACGGCGCGGAAACGGAGAUUGGCAGCGCGCCGACCUCCCCGGCCCGUGAAAGUCUCCAUGCGCGGGGCAUGAGUGUGGGGAGUAUAGCCGAAGAUGUGAUAGAGAAGCGAGUCCGGUUUGGCCGCUUUGCGGCAAAUUGGCUUUCUCGCAAGAAUCUCGGUCUUCCACGGCCUGGGUCCCUGGAGAAAGAUGAUGUUUCAGAGUCGCCAUUCGAUGACUCGCCCCGCUUAUCGAGUGAUGGCUCGGAGGCUAAUGAUGAAGCUACCGAGGCUGCUCCGUUGCCAGAGACAUCAGACGCCCAGGGUGAGACCAAUCGACCAGGCUCAGAUCAGGCGGCCGAACUUUUACCGAAGUUACUUCGAUAUACGAAACUGUUAUUUUCUUCACAUAAUUUCUUUUUCGCAUAUGAUUAUGAUCUUACGCGAUCUUUUAAUGCACAGGAAGCUCGAAGGGGACAGCUGCCUCUCCAUAAAAUGGUGGACCCAUUGUACUUUUGGAAUAAAUAUCUGAUGUCUACGUUUAUUGACAACGGCGCACACGGUUUCAUACUGCCUUUGUUACAAGGAUUUGUUGGCCAGCGAGAGUUCACAGUAGCUGGCUCUGAGAAGACUGCGGACAAACCAGCUGAUGGAGGUCUUACUGAAGCCCUAAUUCUUGGAGAAAGUCAGGACCCGGAAGCCGUGGAGUCCGAGGCCCCUAAGCGGAACUUUUUAUUGACCUUGAUUUCUCGACGGUCUGUCAAUCGCCCCGGUCUACGCUACCUCCGUCGUGGUGUUGAUGAUGACGGGAAUACUGCCAACACCGUUGAAACGGAGCAAAUCCUUUCCGUACCAGAGUGGGACUCUUCUCACAACGCCUACUCAUACCUUCAGCUACGGGGUUCGAUUCCUCUAUACUUUUCCCAAUCGCCAUAUGCCUUCAAGCCCAUCCCUGCGUUGCACCACUCAGCGGAAACAAAUCAACUCGCCUUUGGACGACACUUCCGAGAGUUGAAUCGGAGGUAUGGCAAAAUCCAGGCCGUCUCCUUGAUUGACAAACAUGCCGGGGAACUGAAGCUUGGUGAACAAUAUGAGAGGUAUGCAGAAGUCUUCAACGAGGCAGGCGGUAUCGAUGGCACGCCGUUGCGCAUGGAAUGGUUCGAUUUCCACAACGAAUGCCGCGGUAUGAAGUUCGAGAAUGUCUCACGUCUGGUUGAGCGUGUCAAGGAAACCCUGAGUGAAUUCGGGUAUACCACUAUCAAAGAUGGUAAACCUUCGGAUAUACAGACAGGCAUUGUUCGUACGAAUUGUAUGGACUGUCUCGACCGCACCGGAGUCGCACAAUGUGCUUUCGGCCAGUGGGCUUUGGAGCGCCAGCUACAGAAAGAAGGCAUUCACAUUGACUUGGGCGGAGACUCGUCCACGCAAUGGUUCAACACCCUUUGGGCGGACAAUGGAGAUGCAAUCUCGAAGCAAUAUUCGUCCACGGCUGCUCUCAAGGGAGAUUAUACCCGAACCAGAAAGCGAGACUACCGCGGAGCUCUCAAUGAUCUCGGCCUAACACUCUCCCGAUAUUACAAUAAUAUUGUCAACGACUAUUUCUCCCAGGCCUGUAUCGACUACCUCCUUGGGAACGUCUCAACACACGUCUUCGAUGAAUUUGCAAUCGAACUCCAGACAACUGACCCAGGAAUUUCAGUCGGCAAGAUCCGCCAAAAUGCCAUCGACACCAGUUGCAAAAUUGUCAUCAGCAGUCCGUCGGAAGAACUCCUCGGUGGCUGGGCUAUGCUGACACCCCGCGAACCGAACACCCUACGGACUCUCCCCUUCGAAGAGUCCGUCCUGCUACUCACCGACGCCGCCGUGUACAGCUGUCGCUUCGACUGGGAAACGGACAAGGUACUCUCCUUUGAGAGAAUUGAUCUCCGCUCCAUCUCGCGCAUUCACUACGGUACAUAUAUCACUUCCAUCCUCACAGACGGCCAAUCCGACGAACGAAGCAAUGUCGGCCUAGUCAUCGCCUACCGUGACGGUGACGAAAAUGCCCUCCGCGUCAACACGCGCACUCUUCAGACGAAUGUGCGGCCCGAGAAUCUGGAGGCCAUGGCGAGCUCGAAUAGCGAGUGGGAUCUUGUUUCGUGGCUGCGUGGCACCAAGCGUGCUACCACGCGCUUUGUGGCUUUCAAGUCGCUUCCUGUCGCUAACGCGAUGGCCAGUCCGCGCCUUGGCCCGAGUGGAGGUGUAGGGAGUGUGAGGGAACUGGAUCGAGUGCGGACAAUCUGUCAUGAUAUUGAACGGGCUAUGACCGCAGGCGAUGGGCAGAGUGUCGAUUCUGUCUCUGUGGUUGAGAAGGUGGAUAUUAUUUCGUUGGCGGAUGCGAAGAAGCGGACGGGUAUCUUGGAGACGCUUGUUUAUGAUUUUAAGAAGCUGGUUUGGGCCUAG